AUGGUAGCAGAGGACAUCAUCUCUCAGAGGUACGAUGAUAUCGUCAAGAGCCCGUCAGAUCAGAGAGAGUAUCGGGGACUUGAACUCACAAAUGGCCUCCGGGUACUACUGGUAUCGGAUCCCACUACAGAUAAAUCUGCCGCUGCAAUGGAUGUUAAUUAUCGGGGACUUGAACUCACAAAUGGCCUCCGGGUACUACUGGUAUCGGAUCCCACUACAGAUAAAUCUGCCGCUGCAAUGGAUGUUAAUGAAGUCUCAUGGAUCCGUGGGAGUUGCCAAGGGCUGGCGCACUUCUGCGAGCACAUGCUCUUUCUUGGUACUGAUAAAUAUCCGAAGGAGAACGAAUUCUUCAGUUUUAUUUCCGACAAUGGUGGAUUCCGCAACGCUGGCACAUAUCUCGACCACACAAAUUACCAUUUCAGUAUAAAGCCGGACAAAUUGAAGGGAGCACUCGACCGCUUUGCGCAGUUCUUCCUGGCUCCGAAAUUCACCAAAAGUGCAACCGAAAGAGAGGUAUGA